GGUGGAGCUGAGAGAGGGGUAGUGUAGAUGUUAGACACAUAAUGUGACAUCAGCCUGCUCUGCAUCUGUGUCUCCAGAGGAACUUGAACUUCCCAGCUGUACUUUGGUAAUUGCUUCUGAAAAAAAACCUCCUGGCCACACAGAAAUCAAAUAAAAUUUUUAAUCAAGAAAAUUGAAAAAUCCAGGCUGUAUUAUAAACAUCCAUUAAAAGAAGAUCUGGGCCUGGGCCUUUUGAUGUUCCCUGACCAGCUCGGAUGCUGUCACCUUUGUCUACUCAGAAGGGAGUAAAGGCAGUCUAAUGUCAUCCUCGCCAUCCUCACCUUCCUGGUGUGAUUCACAGAAGUAGAAAGAACACCAGCAGCUGCUUUGAAAUACCCUGGAGCUGGCAGAUGAUGGACAGGAAACAGACAGCUGAGACCCUGCUGUCCCUGUCUCCUGCCGAAGUUGCCAACCUCAAGGAAGGGAUCAAUUUUUUUCGAAAUAAGACUACUGGGAAAGAGUACAUUUUAUACAAGGAGAAGGACCAUCUAAAGGCAUGCAAGAACCUCUGCAAGCACCAGGGAGGCCUGUUCAUGAAAGACAUCGAGGAUUUAGAUGGAAGGUCCGUUAAAUGCACAAAGCACAACUGGAAGUUAGACGUGAGCACCAUGAAAUAUAUCAACCCUCCAGGGAGCUUCUGUCAAGACGAGCUUGUUAUCGAAAUGGAUGAAAACAAUGGGCUUUCCCUGGUAGAACUGAACCCUCCUAACCCCUGGGACUCUGAUCCCAGGUCUCCUGAAGAAUUAGCUUUUGGGGAAGUACAGAUAACAUAUCUCACUCAUGCCUGCAUGGACCUCAAGUUGGGAGACAAGCGAAUGGUGUUUGAUCCUUGGUUAAUUGGCCCUGCUUUUGCCCGAGGAUGGUGGUUGCUACAUGAGCCUCCAUCUGACUGGCUGGAGAGGCUGUGCAAAGCAGACCUCAUUUAUAUCAGCCACAUGCACUCAGACCACCUGAGCUACCCUACCCUGAAGCAGCUUUCCCAGAGACGACCAGACAUUCCCAUUUAUGUUGGCGACACAGAAAGGCCUGUGUUUUGGAACCUGGGUCAGAGUGGCGUCAGGUUAACUAACAUCAACGUGGUUCCAUUUGGAAUAUGGCAACAGGUAGACAAAAGUCUGCGGUUCAUGAUCUUGAUGGACGGCGUUCAUCCUGAGAUGGACACAUGCAUUAUCGUGGAGUACAAAGGUCAUAAAAUACUCAACACAGUGGACUGCACCAGACCCAAUGGGGGAAGGCUUCCUGAGAAAGUUGCGCUAAUGAUGAGUGAUUUCGCGGGAGGCGCAUCAGGCUUUCCAAUGACUUUCAGCGGUGGAAAAUUUACUGAGGAAUGGAAAGCCCAGUUCAUCAAGGCUGAAAGAAGAAAGCUUCUGAAUUACAAAGCUCAGCUGGUGAAGGACCUGCAGCCCCGAAUCUACUGUCCGUUUGCUGGGUACUUUGUGGAGUCUCACCCAUCUGACAAGUACAUUAAGGAAACAAACACCAAAAAUGACCCAAAUCAGCUCAACAAUCUUAUCAGGAAAAACUCUGACGUGGUGACAUGGACCCCACGACCUGGUGCUGUCCUCGACCUUGGCAGGAUGCUGAAGGACCCAACAGACAGCAAGGGCAUUGUGGAGCCUCCAGAGGGGACAAAGAUUUACAAGGAUUCCUGGGACUUUGGCCCGUACCUGGAGAUCUUGAAUUCUGCUGUCAGAGAUGAGAUCUUCUGUCAUUCAUCCUGGAUUAAAGAGUACUUCACUUGGGCUGGAUUUAAGAAUUACAACCUGGUGGUCAGGAUGAUUGAAACAGAUGAAGAUUUCAGCCCUUUUCCUGGAGGGUACGACUAUCUGGUGGACUUUCUAGAUUUAUCCUUUCCGAAAGAAAGACCCAGCCGGGAGCAUCCUUAUGAAGAAAUCCAUAGCCGGGUGGAUGUCAUCAGGUACGUGGUGAAGAACGGCCUGCUGUGGGAUGAUCUGUAUAUUGGAUUCCAGACCCGAUUGCUGCGGGACCCUGAUAUAUACCAUCAUCUGUUUUGGAAUCAUUUUCAGAUAAAACUCCCUCUAACACCACCCAACUGGAAGUCGUUCCUGAUGCACUGUGAUUAGCCUGGACCUGGCGUGUCCCAGGUCCCCAGCCCAGAGGAUAGUGCCUGCACAUUCAAGAUGGGUCUCCCCUGAUUGGAUAAACCUUUCUGGAAACACUUUCAUAGACACAGCCAUAACUACCAUUGUUCAUUGGCAGUGUCUUUUAUUCAGAGAUGACAAACAAUGCCCCCAAAUCAAGAAUUUGCUCUUAAAUCUUGAACACAGCAGCAGUUUAUGCCAAAGAAGACAAGUUUCUAUCGGCGAUGGGCAAACACUACAUUUAAGGGAUGUUCACAUAUGUACCUGGUGUGCAUUGUUGUAUAGACGGACUCAGAACUAUUUUAUCGGGGCUGGUGAUGUGCCUUGGUAGUAUAGCAUGUGCUUAGAGCACAUGAGGCCCUGGGUUCCAACACACACACACACACACCUAAAUUCAUCCCGUGUAAACUCUUGUGCAAGGAGAACAAAGGAAAGCCAAGAAUGAGCUUUGCAUGGGAGAUAAAGCCUAACAGAAGGAAAAGUGAGUCCCAGCAUAGUAGGAACAGGAAAGGAAGGCUACCAGGCUCCAGCAGCAAAAAGGAAGAAAGCUAGAGAAGACAUGUGGGCUGGGAGGAAGGCGGGGAGACUAGAAGAAAAUGGGAACGAGAAGAUGCUGCUGGUAGAGAGAAGAAUGUGAAAAUGGCUCUUGUGUUCUUUGAUAGAUCCGUGUCCCAGGCAGCUGCAAGACAAUGGUUUCAGUUUUUCAGAGAGCUCUUGGCACUACUUCCCAAACAUGGGCCGGGAGCCCAAAGGUCCCAUCUCACUAGUACCGAAAUGACUUUGAUUCUGUUGUGAAAUGUGUCAAUUAAUGAAGCCUGGGGGCCCUAAGAGUCCAAUAGAUCUUUGAUUGAUGAUUUGAAUUUAAAUUUGACUCUUGAAUUUGACUUCAGAAUCGCUGCCUAACUCUAAUCAAUGAAAGACUGACUAUCUCCUUCUCAUUAAAAUGAGCAACAAGAAUAGUUGACUAUUCUUGUUUAUGUCA